AUUAGUCGGAGGCGAGCGUCGAUAUAUAUUCGUAGGAGUAAAUCCCGUUCGAACGAGUGCGUUGGUUAUUCCGCUUAUUCCCUUUCUCUAUCCUUCCUUCUCGCUUUUUCUCUCGCGCCUCUUGCCCGAGCGUACGCAUUUUCACACGCGCUUACCCACGCGCUUUAACAUUUACUCGAAUGCAUUUCCGGUACCUCUCACUUCGUGAACCGUUUCCUUGCGUUGUCGUCAUCGUCAUCGUUGUUAUCGUCGCUGUGAUUCACGUUAACUGCUCGUAUGCUUCUUCUUGACUCGUCGAAGAUCGCUUACAUUUUUCUUAUGUAAUUCGUUCAAAAAUAAUUUGAUCGCAGAUUGAAAAAUAGAUCUUACGGAUCAGUGGAUACCAAGGUAUACUUUUAAUAGCGACAAUAGGACGUAAUAAACUUCGAGAGUCGAUCAAAUCGUCCGAACGUCUCCAUUAUGUACCUGUAUUCGCAAAUUACGCCGAUAGAACGCGUUUAUUUGGCAAUUGUUCAACGACGCGAAGAACGGACGAAAGGUCUUGAAAUUCUCGCGAUGAAAAUGGAAACAAAAUUUCAUAUCGAACGAAAAUAUUUUGAAACGUACGUGACUAUAAAAGUCACGUCUACCGCUGGUAGACGGUACAAGUAGAAAAACACGAGAGAUAGAAAAAAGAUCGCCCUCUAUCAGAUAGAAGUCUCAUUGUACUGGCACAUGUGAGACAAUUUCUCAUCGAGUUCGAGCGACGCCGCAUCGUUAAUUUCCGAUGUGUGCGUCAUAUCAUACGCGUGACAACUCAAUUCGGACGGCAAGAGACGCUUUAAACCCGCGCCUCUCUUAUAAAUAUUCCACGGUCGCGGUCGAUGCGAACAAAACGCUUGUUUAAACCCUCGCGUUUAACGAGUUUCGGAGGAAAAUUUUUAUCGGGGUGAAACAAUACCGCUUAUUGAUCAAAUUUCGAUCGAACGAAGAACUGCAUAAAGUCGUCGAUCGAUCUGGCUAGGGACUCCCAUAACGAGAGAAACAUGUUAUCGUUAUGAGAGUUAUCGUCGCUUCCAGAAACCAAUGAAUCGUGAACGGAUUAAUAAGGUGAAUAAUUAUACUCUAUUUUCGAUUAGAGGGAACGAAGCGUUGUAACGAUUCGACGAAAUUCAAGGAAUUAUUGCGCACGUUUAAAUCAAAUUCACGUAGGUUUAGACUAAAAAGGACAUGCCGUUUUACAUCACAUAUAAAUGUUACAAAAACACUGUUACGACUUCUAUCUAAGCCUUUGCAUGGAGAAAUUUUGGUAGCCGUGUGAUUUAAAUAAUCAGGUAAUAAUAAAUUUAAAUUGUCAAUCGGUUGAAAUUUUUCCUUUGACUCGAGUACCCAAAGCGACAAAAUUAUAGACUUUAAUAAAGAGGCUGGUAUGGUAUGCGACGUGAAACACCACGACUCGUACGUGCAUAUGAUCAACUCUUGUUCUAAUUAACAACUCUCACAGAAGGAUCGUAGUCACCGCUUGCUGAGAAAUGCCGUGGAAUACCGAAAGGGUUUGGGGAAAUCAAAGUCAGUUGAUUAAUCCUCUGUCUCUGUCUACGAAAUCAGUAAAUUAGUCUCUCGGGAAUACCUUUCAACGCGAACGAGCUUCCGAUGUAUUUGCAUGGCAAUUAACAACAUUUAUUUCUUCACACCCUGUUCAUUUACUGACCAACUUACACAACAAUCCCAGGAUUGUUCUUCCAGUAGUUUGUUUUAUAUUUCCAGUUUUACUUAUUGCGUCGAUUCGACGAAUAAACGUAGCUCGAGUCGCCUUACGGUCAGCAUCUAACAAUCGUCGUUCGAUCCGUGCUAUCCGUGUAACUGAAUCGAAGGAAAACUUCCAACGAUAAUUGCGUUCGAAGAGACACAUAAGUCGGAAUGUAAGGUAAAGCCGACUAUUCAGCGUGGGACUGUAAGAAAGGGUCAAAGAACGACGACGCGACAUAAAGAGUGGAAGCUUGACCACGUAUUGGCCGUCGUGUACUUAUUUGAAGGUGCGCUGCCGGUCUGAUCGCAAUCAUGCACUACUCACUGAUGCUUCAGACGUUUAUCGUUAUCGUGCAUAUCGUGCCUGAGGUCCUUCUCCAUCGGCCGAAUGUCAGGGGCAUAUAUACCAUGGAGAAGCACGUCCAGGAGCACGAGAUAGUGAUACCUCGAAAAGUGACCUACCGAGGGGAGCUUAUCUCGCACAACGUGACCCACCACCAUCACGAGGACGGGCCAGUGGUACACUAUCGAUUGUCCGUGGCCGGUAACGAGUACCACAUCGAACUGACGGCCGUGGACAACUUCAUCGGACCAGGGAUGGUCGUUGAAAGACGGAAACGAGACGUACAUGUGCGCAGCCGGUCAAAAAAUCGCUCGAGCAAGUGCCAUUAUCGGGGUUUCAUUCAGGGACAUCCGAAUUCCCAGGUUGCCUUAUCCGCCUGUGACGGUCUGGCGGGCAUGCUGCGUGGCGAUGACGGCGAGUUCUGGUUGGAACCAGUCGCCGUGUCCCCGGAAGAAGAACAAGUUCGGCUGGAGGUUCGGCUGGAAGACGCCGGCGCCGAGAGCCGUGCCACGGCCGGACUCUACCGGAACUCGGUGCUCGGCAGGCCGCAUCUCGUGUUUCGUAGGUCCGUGGAGCAGCCGCAGCUCGAAAUCGGCGCCGCCGGCCGCACCAGACGCCGACGAAAAAAGAAGAGAAAACUCGAGAGAAACUGUGGCACUCGCGAGCCGAGGCGGCUGACGGAAACACGGCUCGAAUGGCAAACGCAAUCGGGACUGGUACAGGUUCAAGGACGAGGCCGAAGAAAACAUCAUCAGACGAAACGAUGGCAACGUGCCAAGAGAUCGAUCAGCCGACCGCGUCACGUCGAGGCUCUCGUUGUCGCUGACACGACGAUGAUGGCUUUUCAUCAGGACGGCGACGUUGAGACGUAUCUGCUGACCAUCAUGAACAUGGUGUCCUCCCUCUACCUCGAUCCUACCAUAGGGAAUUUCAUUAACGUCGUCGUGGUCAGGAUUAUCCUCGUCGAGGAGGACGACGCGGAAGUACGUGCGAAUUACGCCGGUGAUCAAGGACUGGACAUCACGGUGAACGCGGACAGGACGCUGUACAAUUUCUGCAAAUGGCAACAGAAACUGAAUCCGGUGGACGACUCGCAUCCGAAUCACCACGACGUGGCGAUUCUGGUGACGAGGGAGGACAUCUGCUCGAGAGCGAACACGCCGUGUAGUACUCUGGGAGUGGCUCACGUAGCCGGCAUGUGCCAACCGGACCGCAGCUGCAGCGUCAACGAAGACAAUGGAAUCACGCUCGCGCACACCAUCACCCACGAAUUGGGACACAACUUUGGCAUGUACCACGAUACGGAAAAAAUCGGCUGCAGCAAACGAGACGGUGACACCCUGCACGUGAUGACGCCGACCUUCGAGGUGGACACCAUUGGCGUCGCCUGGUCCAGAUGCUCUAGGAGGGACAUUACCAAUUUUUUGGAUCAAGGGAAAGGCGAAUGCUUGGAAGACGAACCGGCGGACAACGAUUACUCGUAUCCAGAGUUACCGCCUGGCGCGAUGUAUAACGCGGAGCACCAAUGCAGGCUUCAGUUCGGCGUCAGGGAAGCUUCCGUUUGCUCGCCCUUGCAGGAGAUCUGUUCUAAAUUAUGGUGCAUCGUCGAUGGCACUUGCACCACCAUGCUUCAUCCGGCCGCCCCGGGGACACACUGUGGCAAACACAUGUGGUGUCAGAACCAGGAAUGCGUGCCAAUUGUGGACAAACCGCGUCAAAUCGACGGCGGAUGGGGCGAGUGGGGCUCUUGGAGCGAGUGUUCGAGAACCUGUGGUGCGGGUGUUUCGAUCGUCGAGCGGAAAUGCGACCAUCCGGAACCAGCGCACGGUGGUAAAUUCUGCAUCGGGGAAAGACGUCGAUAUAAAAUUUGUAACACCGAUCCGUGCCCGGAAGAGACGGCCAGUUUCAGAGCAGUUCAGUGCAGCCAUUACGACGGCAAAGAAUACAAAGGGAAGAAUUACACUUGGCUGCCGUAUUUCGAUCAGACGGAACCCUGCGAGCUAUAUUGCACCGACACAGAGGAAAGCGUGAUCGUUCCAUGGGGUGAAGCCGCUCUCGAUGGCACACCCUGUAACGUUGGUACCAGAGACAUGUGCAUUGCUGGAAUCUGUCGAAAAGUUGGCUGUGAUUGGACGGUCGAUUCAGAUGCCACGGAAGAUCGUUGUGGAAUCUGCCAUGGCGAUGGAACUCAGUGCGAAACGACAGGCGGAAUUUACGACAAAAACGACGGUCCAGGAUACAAGGAAGUGGUCGUUGUCCCCAAUGGAUCGAGAAAUAUAAAAAUCGAAGAAAUUGGAAACAGCAAAAAUUACAUUGGAAUAGGUGUGCCAAAUUCCGACAAAUAUUUCCUUAAUGGAAAACGGCAGAUCACUUUAGCAGGGGAAUACCAAGUGGCCGGAACUCCAGCUCUGUACGAGCGCGAUCGCGACAGAGAAAAGGUCAGAAUUCCUGGCCCGAUCAAAGAGGACAUCGCAGUCUAUUUGAUUUCCAGAGGACAUUAUCGGAAUUUCGGGCUGCGAUACGAGUACACAGUGCCGAAAAAGGAGCCUGAUCGGGCACCGGAAUACUCGUGGGUAUUUUCCGACUGGUCGCUGUGCACGGCCACUUGCGGCGGUGGCACGCAAACCUCCAAAGCACUCUGCAACGAGAAGAAGAGCGGGGUCGUCGAGGACCACUUUUGCGAGGGCAUCGAAAAGCCGGAAUCGAUUUUGCGAGAAUGCAAUCUGAAUCCAUGCCCAGCCAGAUGGUGGAUCGGUCCAUGGCAAAUGUGCCCGGUAUCGUGCGGAGAGGGUGCUCUUCGAAAACGAUCGGUGAUGUGUGUCUCUUCGGGAGUGGGCCCCGAUAGAUCGGAUUUGGCUCUGCCCGAUCGAGACUGUAACCGGGACGUGAGACCCGAAGAGGUCAGCCCGUGUCUAAACUUACCCCCUUGCAGCUCCACCGAACCACCAUUGAUCGUCUACGCGGACAACAAGGAUGCCUCUUUCUACAACGUGAGCUCCAACGAUCAAAAUGGAAUCACGAUCGUCGAUAGUCUUACUACCGAGGAGCCAGAGAUCCUCGAAUUCGACAAUGUGGUCGAUGAAAAUCCAGAUAAUUCCAUGUAUAAUACCAAGUCGAAGUGGAUCGUCUCGAAAUGGAGUCAUUGUACGAAUGGUAAGAGAACUAGGAAGGUGACCUGCUCGAUGCAAGGAGACUGCAAUCCAGAAAACAAGCCGGCCACCAUCGAACUUUGCCAAGGUGGGAGAUGGAUCACUGGAAAAUGGGAGUCCUGCAACGCGAGCUGCCUCGUGAGAGUCGGCGUUAAGCGAAGGGAAGUCGAGUGUCGUGAUCGUAUAACAGAAUUACUGUCCGACGAUUGCAACCCCGAGAGAAAGCCGAUCGAUACGAGGCGUUGUUAUCAUAGGCGGCAAUGCGCGAACGAUAAAUCUGAGUGUAAGGAUACUAUUGUACCAGCCUCAAUGUGCGCGUCAUAUAGGCGCAUGUGCGAUGUGUCAUUGAUCGUGCAGGAUAAAUGCUGUGCCACGUGUUUCAAAAAACGAAGACACAGUCGUCGCGACAGAAGACACAUUCCCGAUCAUUGACAAGUCGAAAAUCCAGCAGCCGAAUCGAUCAACUUUCGCUUUUGAACAACCCUUCUAGAUCCAGCCUAAAACAGGAUCCGUCCUAUGUCUGUACUUGCUUCGAAGAUUGUCGGAAAAUCGCGUAAUAUAUUCCUAAUACGGCCGAGUUAAACAUCGAAUUUCGAUGCAAUACAGUCAAGUUAAGUAACAAUAAAAAAAGUGACGAAAAUUCAAAGUGUACCUAACAUUCCGAUAUAAAUGACAUUAUAAUGAAGUAUAAAUUUUGGACACUGUCAUAAAGUUUCCGAAUAAACAAAUUAACAACAUCGUACGUAAAUUUAAGGUGAAUAUUCGUAACUUUGUAGCUCUAGCGAUACAACGGUGCAAAUACAUAUAAAAGUUAAUGAAAUUUCCAAGAUGUACAAAUAUACGCAAAAUGUGAAAAUAUAUCGAAUUCCUGUAUAUAUAUACAAAAUAUGUAUAAACACUCGAUAUAUUUUUGAAUUAAAUGUAACGUUACGAAUUUUAAGGUACGUGUCCACUUGAGUGUACAACUAUCGCGAGUUGCUCUUUACAGUAUUUCCCACAACUGGACAUUGCUGAGUGACUAUCUGAUCUGAUGAUUCUAUGUAAUAAAUCAAUAACAUAAAUUUGUACUAAAAUAAACAAACUGCUAUAUUCUUUAUUUGAUUAUAAUAUCGUUAAAUUAAAAUCCCUUUUCAAAUAAAAUAUAACAAAGCUUUUUUCCGCUAAAAUGUAAAUUUUACAUAUCUUAUUAUUGUUUAUACAUAUAUUUUAUUAGCAAAAUGAUAUACUUGAUAUUUUUAUGGUACUAAACUUUUGUACAAUCAUAUACGUAUAUGUAAGACUGCGACUCUUCAACUGUUCGUGCAACUCAC